AUGGCUAAUGCAGAAGUAUUCAAAUCGAAAAUCACUGUAUAUGUGGUUGCUUGUUGGAUUGUCGCAGCUUUUGGAGGCCUAAUGUUUGGUUAUGAUAUUGGAAUUUCAGGUGGUGUGACUGCGAUGGAUGAUUUCUUAAUAAAAUUCUUUCCAAAAGUUCACGAGAGGAAACUUCAUGCAAAGGAAGACAAUUACUGCAAAUAUGAUGAUCAGUUGCUUCAGCUAUUCACAUCAUCACUGUACCUUGCUGCUUUGGUUGCAAGCUUUGGUGCAUCAAAGGCAUGUCGUAUAUUUGGUCGCAAGCCCACAAUUCUAGUAGCAUCCCUAUUUUUCAUUGGAGGAGCUGGGUUCAGUGCUCUUGCUGAGCACAAAUGGAUGCUCAUUCUUGGCAGGAUUCUUUUUGGCAUUGGAGUUGGAUUUGGCAAUGAGUGUUCGGUUGUUUCCAUCUCGGCGAGCUCCAAAUGGACAUCUGCCGGGAUACCGUAUUCUUCCCUGAAGGCGGCCAAGGCAGCAGGAAAACGGGGGGUAAUCGUAAGUGGGAGCGCGAUCGCGCAAAACGAGCUAGACUUGAGCUCGGUCAUGGAUUGUGCCAAACCACCUCGAUCGUUAAGAUCUGGAGCCUUGUCCGCCCCAGAUCUUCAUUGUUUAUCAGGGAAAUUGAAGAACAGCGAAGAAACUAAGGGGCAUUGA